AUGGUCGACGAAGAAACUCUGAAAGCACGACAAGUGCAGCUACAAAGGUCUCCGCCGCUGCCCGUCGAGAGCACCACGGCCACGCUGACCGCCGCGCCGGAAGCACCGGCCGCGGUGACCGCGCGCGCGGCGCGCCGCGGUGCGCGGGCGCGGUGCUGCGCAAGGGGCCACAUGAUAGCUCGGAAGGGAGAGGCCUUUGGGCUCUUCCAGGAUAAGAAGAUUUGUCACGCCUGCUGCACGACCUUUGGACCCGAGACCAGCUACUACCGUUGCAUGCAAAACUGCAAGUACAACGUCUGUCACCACUGCUUCCAGGAGGCGCGACACAGUGAAGCGCAGCAGAUGCUUGAGGGCCAGAGUGAGCCAAGCUGCCAGGAAAGCCAUAGUGAUGUGGAAAGCGUGCUGGAAUUUGAGGUCCAUGGAGGUCUCCGCUCGGAGCUGUGGCCCUUCGCGGAGUCGCGGUCACGUCCCUUUGCGGCGCAGCUGGAAGAGCUGGCCGAGGUCUUUGAGGUGCCCCACGGAGUGCUGCUCCAUAGCCAGGGCUCGGAGGUGGAAGUGAUCCAGUCCAUCUUGCAACUCCAGGCCCUACCCCGCACCGCUUCGCUGGCACUGGAAGCACCCCAGCAGCUGCUUCAGCAGCUGCUGGGGCAGAUGAGCAGCAGCCCUGACGCGCUCAGGCACAUUGGAAGGAUGUGUGCCACCGAGGCGCUGGCGGCGGAAGCCUUUCGCCAGGGCGCCUUGCCCGCGCUCGUGGCGCAGCUCUGCUGUAGCACGGAGCGUGCAACGUCCACCGCGAGCGCAACCGGACUUUGUGCCCUUUUGAGGCCUACGCGCAAAGAGGAGGCCAAGGAGCAACUGGAGCAGCUGUGGAGUGAGCAUGGCGAUGCCUUGCUGCGACGCUUGACACGGCCAGGCGUCGGCAAGGCCGAGACGGCCCUGCUGCUGUGGCUCGUGGAGGAGCUCGAGCUCGCUUCGGAGACCUUCAGGGCUUUGCAGGAAGGGGACAGCGGCAGCCCCAGUGCAGCGGAAGAGGGGGAGCGAGAGGGCCCUUCCUCCGGUUUGCAGGAGCAGGAGAUGGGGAGAGAUGUGCUUGAGCUUCUUCGAGAGAGCUGUGCCGUUCCGUGCAGCGAAGCUCAGCAGUUGCAACGUGGGAAGCAGCUCAAGGAGGCGAAGCUCUUCGCGGAGCGACUGCAGCGCACGGUGCGGCGGCAACACCGGGCGUUGAAAGCCAUGGUGCCCCUGGUGAAGCUGCAAGAUGUGGAGCUGGAGAAGACGCUGCAAAAGAUCGUGGAGGAUGGAUGGGACUCAACGGAUUGGCCAGAUGGUCAAAACCUUCUCCAUUUUCUCUGCCAGCAUGGGGACGCCCAAACGGUGCGCCUGGCGGCCGAGUUGUGUCCCGAUUUGGAGGCGCGCGAUGGGCAAGACCUCCGCGCCAUGGAUUAUGCCUUGUCCAACUCUGAUGCCUCGGUCGCUGAAGAGCUCCUUCUUGUGAGCCAAGAGCGCAGAAGCUUUCGCUUCUUGGAGGAGACCACUGUGGACGAGCUGGCAAAGGUGCCGCGAAGCAUGUCGCUGGUGUCGCAAGAAGUCCUUGCGCCUGGCCCCCGCGAAUCUGGCCACGCGGUGCCCACCGUGCCCGACCAGAGCGAAGCACAGCACUGGGCGCAGUGCACAGCUCCGGGCUCCAACGAAGUGCAGUGCACAGGACUGGAGGUACAAGGCGAUGGCCAUGGCAUUGGUGCGCUCUACAUGCUGCGCACACAGCUGGCGAAGGAGCGGAAGGAGAAGGAGAUGUGGCGCGAAAAGGCCCAGGAGGUGGAGCAGCUCCGCACGCGCCUGGCGAUUUGGACCGAGAAGCCGGACGCACCACCUGACCGCUUGGCUGCGGUGACGUUGAGCGCGGCGGAAGGGAGCGCGGCUACUCCGCGCGAGCGCGGCGCCGUGAGUGGUGACUUCAGAAGGAGCGAGGCGCCCGAGGAGCGAGGCGAGUCCCAAAGAGCGGAGACGAAGCUCCAGCUCAGCCCGUGGCAGGCACCCGAUCCAGCCGCAUCUCCAGCAGCUCGAGCACCGCCGAGGAGGCUGAGCUGGACACAGCCAGUGUCUCCAGCGACAGCGACUCCUCUCCACGGGCGACAGCAGCGGAGUCCGAGGCAGAAAGGGAGCCGCCUACCGAUGCUGAUGUUCCAGCAAGCAAGGCCAUUGCAAGAGACGGAGGAGAAUCUCCGACGCCAAAGCCAGUGGUGCCACCAAAGGGCAAGGGGAAAGGCAAAGGUAAAGCCAUUCCUGCAGCUCCAAGCGUGGUGCCAGGUGAGGGCGACGGCAAGGGAAAGGCCAAAGGCAAGGGGAAGGUCGCACAGGCCGAGCCCACGAAGCCAGAGGUCAAGCCACAUCAGGAGCUGA